GGAAGUAAACCGUUCACCCUGUCGCGGUGCAUGCUGGGUGCAUGAGGUUGGCGGGCUGCUAAUUUUGUACGUAAAAGUUGUUUUUUUCAAAAAUUUCUCCAAAACUGCUGAAGGAAUUAAAGAAAAGAAACGCUUUAGCAUCACGCCGACUUUUCCAGAAGGAUAAGUUAGAGGUGGUAGCCUCACCAUGCCGUCCGGCGCUGGAUCCAGCAGUCCCGCAGCUGCUCUCGCUGAAGCGCUGGAAAACUCUUCCCGGCUUAUUGACAGACACCUGCAGGAUGAUCGGCUUUUCCCCGACCUGUCGGAGCUGCUCAGCGUCCCCUCGCACAAUAUGCCAUCCCUCUCUGGCGUGUCGGACAUGGACUACCCGCUCCAGGGACCUGGUUUGCUCAGCGUGCCAAACCUUCCAGAGCUCAGCGCGGUCCGCCGCGUGCCCCUGCCGCCCGAGCUGGUGGAGCAGUUCAGCCAUAUGCAAUUUAACUGCAUGAUGGGGGUUUUCCCGGAGAUCUGCAGAGCGUGGCUUACUAUUGAUAAUGACAUCUUCAUGUGGAAUUAUGAAGACGGAGGAGAUGUUGCCUAUUUUGACGGCCUUAUUGAAACCAUUCUGGCUGUGGGCCUUGUUAAACCAAAACAAGGGAUUUUACAGCCACACAUUCACUACCUCUUGGUUCUGGCCACCUCUGUGGACGUAGUGAUCCUUGGUCUGAGUUUCCCCAAGAACACAGCCGGCUUGAAUGACAGCAUGUCAGGCGGGAUGCAGCUGCUCCCAGACCCCCUCUUCUCGAUCCCCACCGACAACACCUACAUCCUAUCCAUCACCUCCACCGACCUUGGACGCAUUUUUAUGGCAGGAAAGGACGGCUGCCUCUACGAGAUAGCUUACCAGGCUGAGGCGGGGUGGCUGAGCCAGCGCUGCAGGAAAAUCAACCACUCCAAAAGCUCCCUGUCCUUCCUUGUCCCCUCCGUGCUCCAGUUCUCCUUCUCUGAGGAUGACCCCAUUGUGCAGAUUGCUAUUGACAACUCCCGUAACAUCCUGUACACACACUCUGAGAAAGAUGUCCUGCAGGUGUACGACCUUGGCGCUGAUGGGCAGGGUAUGAGCCGCGUUGCCACCAUGUCACAGAGCACAAUUGUCGCUGCUGCUGGAAACAUAGCCAGAACAAUCGAUCGUUCUGUCUUCAAGCCGAUUGUCCAGAUUUCUGUGAUCGACAGAUCAGAGUCCUCAGACUGUCACCUGCUCGCUGUCACUCAUGCAGGUGUGCGCCUCUACUUCAGCACCACGCCGUUUGCCCCUCCUCACCAGAAGUAUGUGGCAGUUCGACCCAGCUUGCUAGCUUUGGUCCACGUCCGCCUACCACCUGGGUUUUCUGCAUCCUCUACCUUGCAGAAACCAUCAAAGAUCCACAAGGCACUACACAGCAAAGGUGUUCUUUUAAUGGCUGCUUCAGAGAUGGAGGACAGUGACAUGCUGUGGUGCAUCAACCAUGACUCCUUCCCCUUCAAGAAACCCUUGAUGGAGACUCAGAUGAUCUCCAAUGUAGAUGGGCACACUUGGGCUAUCUGUGCCCUGAAUGAGGAGAAGCCGAGCAAGAUUUACACUCCUCUCAACAAGGAUUUGAUCCCCAUCACUGAUUCCCCUGUGGUGGUCCAGCAGCACAACAUCCCCUCGCAGAAGUUUGUGCUUCUCUCUGCAAAGGGGAGCCAUAUCUUCCAAAAACUGCGGCCGGUCGACCAGCUGCGCCACCUGCUGGUGAGCUGCGUAGGAGGAGAGAGUGAAGAUGUGGAACGCUUCUUCAAGCUGCACAGGGAGGAGCAGUCGUGUGCCACAGCACUGAUACUGGCCUGUUCCAACGCUGCAUGUGACAGAGAGGUUUCACAGUGGGCCACGAGAGCCUUCUUCAGGUAUGGGGGAGAAGCACAGAUGAGGUUCCCUGCAGCCAUGACAUCCCCGAGCACUGUUGGACCGGUGAUGAGCUCCCCAGCACCAGGUGUUAUCCCCCCAGCGUUGGCUACGCCUUUUACCCCCAUGCACGCUGGCUCUACCCCCAUCGCCCCCAUGUCAGCAGGCCCAGAGGUGAUCUUCUCCGGGAAGCACAAUGGCAUCUGUAUUUACUUCGCUCGCAUCCUCGGAAAUAUCUGGGAUGGCAGCCUCGCUGUGGAGAAAAUCAUGAGCAAAGGAAACCAGACUGUCAGUAUUCUGGAAAGCAGCGUUGCUUUAUUCGAGCUGGAGUCCGUACUUCUGGAGCUCUUCGGCUUACGGGAGUUUGUUGAUAAAAACUCUCAGUUCAGUCCGUCCUCUCUUGGUACUGCAAGUUUCAGCUCCCCUGCCAACUUGCAGCAAAGGCUGCUGGGAUUUAUGCGCCCUGAUGGAGCCAACUCUCAGCAGGUCCAACAGGAGCUCCAGAGGAAAUAUCACACCAAGGCUCAGGUGUAUGAGAAAGUGUCCCUGCAGGGCAUCCAGCAGUUAGUGCAUCGCUCCUAUCAGACUCUGGCCCUCUGGAAGCUUGUCUGCGAUCAUCAGUUCAGCCUCAUUAUGUCUGAGCUGCCAAAGGAGUUUCAAGAUCAGAUGAAAGGAGCAAGUUUUAAGGACGUUGUAAUCCGGGGCAAGGAGCUGUCUGGAGCCCUGAUCACAGCUCUCAUUAACGUCUACAUCAAAGAUAAUGCCUCUGUGGAUGCUAUCAGUAAUCACCUGCGAGACAUCUGUCCCCUGCUGUACAGCAGCGACGAUAACAUUUGCUCCAAGGCUAAUGAGUUGCUGCAAAGCUCAAAGCAGAUUCAGAAUAAAGCAGAUAAAGAGAGGAAACUGAGGGAGUCUCUGCAGCUCUAUCAGCAGAUCAGCCAGCACACAGACCUGCCACUGGUCUGCUCGCAGUACAGACAAGUGCGUUUCUACGAGGGAGCCCUUGAGUUGUGCCUCACAGCAGCAGACAAGAAGGACCCACAGAGACUCGGGCCCCAUUUCUACAAGAACGGAGAACCUGAGGACGACAGAGUGGGACAGCAGGCCUUCCAGGAGAGACUUUCCUGUUAUAAGUGCAUCACAGACACCAUGCAGGAGCUGGUGAACCAGAGCAAAGCUGCCCCUCAGUCCCCCAGCGUCCCUAAGCAGCCCGGGCCUCCCGUCAUGACCUCUGACCCCAACAUGCUCAGCAACGAGGAAGCUACAGCUCAUUUCGAGCAGAUCCUUGGUCUGGCUCAGAGGUCUCAGGACGAGCUCUUUCACAUCGCUCUCUACAACUGGCUGAUUCAGGCCGACCUGACUGAUAAGCUGCUGGAGGUGAAUUCUCCAUACCUGGAGGAACAUCUGAUGCACUUGAUCAAGCAGGACCAGAGUAAGGUGCACAACAUGGACCUGCUGUGGCGUUACUACGAGAAGAACCGUAACUUUGGCAAGGCAGCUCACGUACUGGCGCGCCUCGCUGACAUGCACAGCACUGAGAUCUCACUGAAGCAGCGUUUGGAGUACAUCGCCCGAGCCAUCCUGUCCGCUAAGAGCUCUUCCUGCAUCUCAGCUCAGGCAUCAGACGGAGAGUUUCUUCACGAGCUGGAAGAAAAAAUGGAGCUGGUGCGCAUCCAAGUGCAGAUUCAGGAGACCCUGUUCAGACAGUACUCCCAUCAUCCCUCAGUGAAAAAUGCCAUCUCUCAGUUGGACUCUGAGCUCAUGGACAUCACCAAGCUCUACGGGGAGUUCGCUGACCAUUUCAAACUGUCCGAGUGUAAGCUGGCCAUCAUCCACUGCGCAGGACACUCUGACCCCAUCCUGGUGCACUCGCUGUGGCAGGAGAUCAUGGAGAAAGAACUCGGAGACUCUGUGGCCAUGAGCCCGGUGGACAGGAUGAGGUCGCUUAGUUUGAAACUGGUCUCUCUGGGAAAGAUUUAUGCUGGAACGCCGAGAUAUUUCCCUCUGGAGUUCCUCGUGAAGUUUCUGGAACAGGAGGUUUGUCGGCUGAACUGGGAUGUGGGCUUCGUCACCUGCACCAUGCAGGAGAUCGGAGUACAGCUGCCCCGUCUACUUGAGGUCUAUGACCAACUCUUCAAAACUCGGGACCCCUGUUGGCAGCGUCUGAAGAAACCUCUGCACCUGGUGGAGUGUAUCCAUGUGCUGCUGUCAGGUUACGUGGACGAUCCCAGCAGAGUACCGACCUAUGACAGACGCCGAUUCACUAACGUGUGCCUCGACAACAUCUGCGGAUACCUGGUGGAGCUGCAGUCUCUGAGCCCGAACUCUGCUCUUCAACACACCAUCGGCAACUUCAAGUCGCUGCAGGCCAAGCUGGAAAAACUUCACUGACAUUGUUCAUGGUGUUCUAUACAGGACAAGGGACAGGUGACCGCCUGGAUGUUGCCCUGUGGGCCUUAAUGAAACCGCUGAUUGUAUUUGUGUUGACAUGAUAACAUCAAACACAUCUCUAUUUAACAGUAGAGUUUGACACCUUAUACCUUCAGCCUGAUUGGUUGUCUUAGGUGUGCUUAUUGAUGCACAGUGAGAGAUAAGAAGACAGAAGAGACAAGUUUUAUAACUUAUUUAAUACAUUUUGUUGUAAGUCGAAACACAAUGCUGGAAUACAACUUUGAAUAGAAAGACACUAUCGGUUAUUUGCAUUGUGUCAGAUAUCUAAAAAUUACAACAUAGGGAAGUGUUUUUAAAGCUCUGAAAUGCCUCUGAAACUUUUGAGGUUGAUUUUCAUAUUUUGAAAAUGCACUUAUCACUUAUGGAUUGAAAAUAUUUUCUUAAUCUUGAUAUUGAAGAACCUACCUGGUUAAGUACCGUUUGAUCACAAGGGAAUAACUUUGAUUGUUCCAUUUUUUGCCUCCAAACAAACAGUUCAGUGUUGGAUGUUGUAAUUAUGUACAUAACGUGACCAUAAUGUCAGAUUGUUUGCCAAAGGUGAUGAUACAACUUAACCUUUUUUCUCAUGUAUUAUUUACAGUUAACAUUUUGUGUACCUGGCUCAAGAAUAUGACUGUGCCCCUCAUGUAGGAGUGUGUUUUGUUCAUUUGGAUACGGUGAAGUUCACAGUACUUCCUCAAAAUUUUGACAUGCGUUGGUGCAAAACUAAAAAUCAUAAAACACUUUUAUAAAAAAUAAAAUUUGUCAUUGCA